CGUAUCUCGGUUUUCUUUUGGAGUGCAGACUGGACUGCCGUGCACUUAACAUCUACUCUCUCAGACCAUGCAUUCCCCACAAUUUUCCCCGGUCCGUGCGUUGGCCGUCAUCCUAGCAGCAUGGAUGCUGGUCCUCCCUGCAACUCUCGCUCGCCCAGCCCGGCGGGCAUCCGACCCCAGCUCUGAUCCCUUCUAUCAACCUCCCUCAGGGUUCGAGUCUGCCCUCCCAGGAACCAUCCUCCGCCAGCGCCAGGUUGUAUCCUCGUUCUUCGGUCUGAUUCCAGACCCAGUCGAGGCACAUCAACUGCUCUACCGCACGACUGCAAUCAACGGCUCCGCAAUCGCAACAGUGACCACCGUUUUCAAGCCACUCAUCCCCAAAAAGGAUCGCUUUAUUUCCUUUCAUACCGCGUACGAUAGUUCCGCUAUUAGCUGCACCCCAAGUUACCAGUACCUGCUUGGCACACCGCAGACGGACCUUAUUUCCUCGGCAGAGUUCCUGAUUAUCCAGGUCUAUCUACUGCAGGGGUAUAUCGUGGCUUCACCCGACUAUGAAGGCCCAGAUGCAGCAUUUGGCCCAGGCCAUCUUGAGGGUAUGGGAGUAUUAGAUGGGAUGCGAGCUGUCCAGAACUUUGCCGAUACGCUCGGCCUGUCGACCGAUCAGCCUGCGAUUGUGGGAACAGGAUACUCUGGCGGAGCAAUUGCAACAGGGUGGGCGGCUAGUUUGCAUCCAAGCUACGCGCCUGAACUGAACGUCAAGGGCUGGGUUGCUGGGGGCACGCCGGCUAAUCUCACUGGCACUCUUCUCUUCAUAGAUGGCACCUUAAGCAGCGGAUUCAUUCCUGCAGCCAUAGAUGGGUUGUCGAAGCCGAGUGCGUACGGUGCCGAGCUAAAGCCAGUCAUCGAUUCAAUCAUUACAGAAAAGGGGCAAGCGGCGCUGGACUUUGCGAAUGAAAACUGCGCGGUUGCUGACCUGAUUAACUUCUUUGGACAGUCGGUCUUCUCGACCGAUAUUCAGACUCUCGGCCAUGGUCUGCUCACUCAGCCAACAAUUAAGUCCAUUCUGCAAAAGAACAUUCUAGGACUGAACAAAGACGAAACUCCCACUGCUCCUAUCUUCGUGUAUCACGCUACCCAGGAUGAAAUCAUCCCGUAUAACAAUGCGAGCACAAUGGUGGACUCAUGGUGCAGUGACGGAGCCGAUGUCAAGUUCACAACCUAUGCAAAUGGCGGACAUCUGACGACAGAAAUAGUGGCGCUACCAGCUGCUGUGACGUUUGUUGAGAACGCCUUUGCCGGGACUACUGCUAAGGGAUGCUCUUCGAACACGGAGCUGGACUCUGUCCUCAACCCUAUAGCGCUGGGUGUCGAGCUAGAGCCUAUCCUUACACAGCUGAUUUCUGCCCUAGCAAUGGCUGGUAACAAGGACUCUAAUAUCAAGGAGGACAUUUCAGUCCUGUCGAAGACUGUUUCCUGAGGACAUGUACAUAUCCCAAGGUACGGAUGUGCCGUAUCUAAAUUGAAGUUAUGUUACUCCCCAGAUCAUGAGCGGUUCGCAUACUCAUACUCAAGCUGGAGACGUUUAUGGUAAUCUUCUUAGCCAGGAUAGGUGUGUGGUAAGAACACCGCACUGAAGCAUAAAUACUCAUGACCUAUGACAAGGAAGUCUAAACACUAAUCGCCGAUCUAUGCUUCUCGGAUCCUGAAGCUGGAGUAGUAAUACUAAAUUAAGACACACAUUAUUGAUCUCAGAACUACUGCAGGUAUAGGAUAACAUGCCACUGUAACUA